GCUCGAAGAAUAUCUGGACUGUAGACCUUCCUCCUCUGGAGAGAGGAGCCUGCAGCUGCUACCUGCUGGAGCGAUGGAUCUGCUGGGGAGCACGACAAUCUUCUUGGUCAUAUCCCUACUCUUCCUCUUGGUAUGGGGGACGAGACCUAAGGCGAAAAAUAUGCCCCCCGGGCCAACACCCCUUCCAUUCGUCGGGAACCUCCUGCAGCUGAAGGUGCAGAACCUUGUUGGAAACUUCCAAGAGAUGAGCAAAAAAUAUGGGCCGAUCUUCACCGUGUAUUUUGGAUCAGACCAGGCCGUGGUUCUCUUUGGUUAUGACAUAGUGAAGAAGGUCCUCGUUGAUCGUGGAGAUGAGUUUCUCGACCGGGGCAGCUUCCCGUCAGCAGAUAAGACCAACAGAGGACUCGGGAUCGUCAUGGCCAAUGGCGAGCGCUGGGUCCAGCUCCGCCGCUUCACCCUCACAACCUUGAGGAACUUUGGGAUGGGGAAGAAGAACAUUGAGGAGAGGAUCCAGGAAGAGGCAGGGUACCUGAUGAAGGAGCUCAGGGCCAAAAACGGCCAGCCCUUCAACCCAGCCGUCCUGUUCAGUUGCGCAACGGGCAACGUGAUCAGCCACAUCCUCCUGGGGGAACGGUUCGAUUACAAUGACCCGGAGUACCGCUGGAUUCUCCGCUUGCUGUUCGAAAGCUUCCUUUUGGAGAGUUCCACUGCAGGGCAGCUCUACAACAUCUUCCCCAGGGUGCUAGACUACUUGCCUGGUCCUCAUCAAACUUUCUUUAAAAACCUCGGGGACAUCCAGGUCUUCAUAGCCCAGAAGGUGAAAGGUCAUGAGAGAAGUCUGGACCCCAAUGCUCCCCGGGACUACAUAGAUUCCUUCCUCCUCAAAAUGGAGCAGGAGCAGCAGAACCCCAAGACUGAAUUCACUAGAGAGAACUUGAACAUGGCAGCUUAUGACUUAUUCAUCGCUGGGACAGAAACAACAAGCACCACCCUGAGAUAUACCCUCAUGAUCCUGCUUGAGCACCCAGCCGUGCAAGCAAAGAUCCACAAGGAAAUAGAUCAAGUGAUAGGACGGGAGAGGCCGCCUGUCAUGAAGGACCGCCUUGAGAUGCCUUACACAGAAGCCGUCCUCCACGAAGCUCAGCGAUUCUUGGAUUUCGUACCCUUAGGGUUCACCCGUGUGGCGAAACACGACACCGAAAUCGAAGGCUAUUUCAUCCCCAAGGGUACCUCUGUCUUCCCCAUCCUGAGUUCUGCACUGCAUGACUCCAAGCAAUACGACAACCCCUACCAGUUCACCCCAGAACAUUUCCUGGAUGAAAAAGGGAACUUCAAGAAGAACGGAGCCGACAUGCCCUUUUCCGCAGGGAAGAGAAGCUGUCUGGGUGAAGGAUUGGCCCGGAUGCAGCUCUUCCUGUAUCUCACCACCAUCCUGCAGAGUUUUCAUCUCAAACACCCUCCGGGAGUCACCAAAAUUGACCUCACCCCAGAGGUCAGCGGCUUUGGGAACAUCCCACACCAAGUCUCCAUCUGUUUUGCUCCACGCUAAGCAGCCCCCCUCUGCUCCGGUGGUCCUCUUUGCCCUCUCACAAGGGUUCCCAGCUUCCGUGAGGAUCAAUUGAUUGAUAGAUUGAUUGAUUAACAAUUACUAUAGGAGUGAAAUUGGGUGAGAUGAUUCUCGGGUGCCGUUUUUGGGGAGGCGAUCUCAUUUUUACUUUUAAUUUGUUUUAUUAAGUUUGCUUGACAACAUUACAUUGUUAUAUAUGGUAUUAUGAAAAAAGAAAAAGAAUGCAGAUCAAAGGCAGUUCUAUACAACACAAUUUAUCAUAUAUUCUUUCAUAUGUACAUAAGACUUCCUGCCACCCCCAAUGUAUUUUCCUUUAUAUGUUGUAUUUACCUUUUCUAUUUUCCAAUUGUGUACAUGGCCGUCACUUUAUACUAAUUAUGUAAUCUGAAAAUUUAUUACUACUUAUGAAACCUUUUCCUUUAGUUUUAUCUAUCAUAUAUACAGAAAUCAUUCAAAUGCUGUCAUAGACGCCGCACCGCUAUUGUAUUUCAUUAAAUAUUUCUUAAUCAUAUCCAAUUUUUGAAUAAAGUUUUGAUUUAUAUUGCCUCUCAGCCUAUUCGUCAUUUGAGCCAUCUCGGCAAAUUCUAACAAUCUAUUUUGCCAUUCUGUUUUAGUAGGAACCCUCUCCCCCUUCCAGUUCUGUGCAACCAAGAUUCUUGCGGCCGCAGUUGCAUACAAAAAAAAAUUCUUUUGCAUUUUUUGGUAACUUUCUACCUACGAUUCCAAGUAGGAAGGCCUCAGGUUUUUUUGGAGAAAGUUAUCCUUAUAAUUUUUUUUCAGUUCAUUGUAUAUAACAUUCCAGAACUCUUUGAUUUUUGGACAUGACAACCACAUAUGAAUCAGGUUUCCUUCAGAGAGCCCACACCGCCAGCAUUUGUUGGAGAUAUUUUUAUACAUCUUAGAUAGCUUUGAUGGCGUCAAAUGCCAAAAAUGAUGAUCUCAUUUUUGUCGCGUGCAAAAGAAGCCAGAUUUGCUUCCUCUGACUCACACUUGCGUGUAUGAAAGGGUUAACCUGAGCUCUGAAAUCAAGUUGCCACUAUGGGUAGAGCAGGCUCCCAGCAGCCUUUCCUCCCCCCUCCCCUUUCUCUCUUUCUACAGCUUUCCUCAAAGAAGGAGCCAUGCAGCUUGGCUCCCAGCUCAGCAAAUGCUGCAUAUGAAUGAAGAAUCUCUCUAAAAGGAUAUUUUUACAGCCUGCAUCUGCAUGAUCCUUUUGUAAGAAAACCAAGUUCUUUCUUUUUAAGUCAGUUGGAAAAUUUUCUCCUUUAUUUUACUGGCAGCAGAUGGGGUCUUGUUUAUUGUAAUUUUCAGAAACUCUGUGAGUAAAGA